AUGUCGGAGGACGAAGUGCAAUCCUUAAUCGACGGUAUUCUGCCAUUCUUGCAGAGCAUUGAAUGGAGGGAUCCAUGGCUUGCUUUACUAUUGACUUUUCAUAUCGCAGUUACAAUGACUGCAUUAAUGACACGGAAUCAUGCCAAUUUUCAAAUUAUGCUGUUUCUUGCUCUGUUAUUAUUGGUGUAUUUCUCUGAAAGUAUCAACGAAGUUGCUGCAUCUAACUGGAUGUUGUUCUCAAGACAGCAGUAUUUUGAUUCUAAUGGUUUCUUCAUAUCUGUAGUAUUUUCUGUGCCUAUCUUGAUGAAUUGUAUGAUUAUGAUUGCUAGCUGGCUUUACCAAUCCGGUCAAAUAAUGAUCAGUUUGAAAAGAGCUCAAUUAAGGCAACAAGCAAGAAAUCGGGAAUUAGAUGAGUCUGGGAAUGUAAAUGAAACUGUUGUGAGAGAUAAGCAGGAGUAAUAUUUCUAGUCAAAUGACAAGAAGUGAGAAAAAUGAAAUAUGAAAAUGUACACGAUUAUAAAACAAGCGUCAGCUUGUUCUUACCACAAGUAGCGUGGUAUAUAAUAGCAUUAAAAAUUUCGGCGAAUUUUCAACAUAGCACUUUUUUAAAACGCUACUGCCGACAUAGUCAUUGCUGUAAUUCAUGUUGAAGUUGACUAGUUACACUGUUGUUAGAUUGUACUUCCAAUUCCGUGCCGAU